AUGGUUGCCGUAAGAAGGAAGAGCACUGAAAACGGGCUGUCCAACGAGACCUCUAUUUCGGCGAAGAAACAAAUGACGGAGACAAUAACUCACCAAGAUGAAGUCUGUGUCAAUACCAUCCGAGGUUUUGGCGCGGACGCUCCGGCUGCGGCGAAAAGUGGACACCCUGGGGCUCCUAUCGGUUGUGCGCCUAUGGCCCAUUGUCUGUUUGGCCACGUAAUGAAGUACUACGCGAAGGAUCCAAGGUGGUUUAACAGGGAUAGAUUUGUCCUCUCCAAUGGACACGCCUGUGUACUUCAGUACACGAUGCUGCACCUUGCAGGGUACGACCUCUCCAUCAACGACAUUAAGAAAUUUCGAAAGCUCAACAGCAAAACACCAGGCCACCCUGAGGUUGGACACGCGCCGGGGAUUGAAGUGACCACUGGGCCUCUCGGCCAGGGCAUUUCCAACUGCGUAGGCUUGGCAAUUGGCGCUCAUCAUCUCGCUGCGAAGUAUAACAAGCCGAAUUUCUGUAUAUUCAAUAACUUCAUCUACUGCAUCUGCGGCGACGGAUGCUUACAAGAAGGUGUUUCCAGCGAGGCCUGCUCAUUGGCCGGCCACUUGGGUUUGGGCCGUUUGAUUGUUUUGUACGAUUCCAACAAUGUGACGAUAGAUGGUGACACAUCGCUGAGUUUCACGGAGAAUGUUAUCCAGAGGUUCAACGCAUAUGGAUGGCACACGCAGACCGUCAAGGACGGAGAUAAAGAUCUUAGCGCCAUCCUACAGGCCAUCAAAAAGGCGAAGGCUGUAACGGACAAGCCUUCUCUCAUCGAAAUAAAAACAACAAUUGGAUGGGGGAGUCAGAACGAAGGGACUGAGAAGGUGCAUGGAGCCCCUUUGAGUGCCGACGAUAUCAAGCAGCUCAAGGUGAAGCUGGGUCUUAAUCCAGACGAGAGCUUUCAAGUACCAGAAGAAACAAGGAAGUUCUAUGCCGAUGUUGCCGCCCGCAACAAAGCUGAAUACGAAGCGUGGCAGUCUCUCUUCACCAAAUAUGGGGAGAGUUAUCCUGAUGAAAAGCGAGAAAUAGAGAGAAUGUUCGGCAGAGAAAUAAACGAGAAAGUGGGGAGAGUUAUCCUGAUGAAAAGCGAGAAAUAG